AUGUCAACAACCACCCUCGUAGCCGCCAUAUCUUGGGUUUUGGUACUUCACUUGUUCGGGGCCAUAAUAUCUCCUGUCAACGCAUAUAGCAUCAAACUCUUGCCAGACUCAAGCACCCUGCCCGGCGACUCUUUUCUGGACGACCACCAGUUUAGUUCUGGCCUGGAGGUGGAACUACGACCGAUCGAUGUCGAUCUACGCCUUCCAGCGCCAACGGACGCUACUAACAAUAUAAUCAUCCAACACCGGCGGCAAAGAAGGGACACUCCAGGCCAUACCACAGCCACUCCAACGACGAAGGCGUCAAUCAUCUUGCAACCAACACACACCGGCAGCCCGGUAAAAACCAGCAUCGUCGUCGCAUCUCCCACAGCCACAGUUGGGUCUAUCCCUUCCGCCUUCGAUACCAACCGCAGCGAGAAUACCACCUCAAGCUGUAUGAGCUUUUUCGACAGUUUCCUAUCAAACGCCACCUUCAAAAACUGCAUUCCUGUAUCCGUUCUUCUCACCACAUCCAGUUCCUUUUUCCAAAAAACAAAAUCUUUCUCCCUCAUCACCCAGACUCUUGACUCAGCGUGCGGUGUAGACGCAGACAAAUGCACCUCUUUACUAACUUCCUAUGCCGAUACAAUUGGGAAAAAAGAUGUCUGCGGUGAGGAUCUGGCUAAGGGGAACCCGUUAGUGGUUGCUGCAAAGACUGGUUUCCUUGCAUACAGGGCGAUGCGUGAUGCAACGUGUCUGAAGGACCCAGACACAAACAAUUUUUGCUUCGCAGAAGCCAUUACUGAUCCCGAUAUGACGGCGAACGUGUACAUCUACCACCUAGCACUGGGGUAUUCUCUCUCCGCCGGACGACCGAAGUGCGGGAAGUGUCUGCCCCCUACCAUGAAAGUCCUGCAGAAGGCAGCCGGGAACAAGCAGCAACCUGUUUCAGAGGUUUAUGUCACUGCCGCAAAUCAGGUCAAUGUUGCCUGUGGGCCGAACUUUGUCCCAGCUUCAAUUACUUCAAGCACAUGCUCGAACUUCCGAUCACUACCAUUUUCGCUUAUAUCCUUACUCGUCGGCACCUGGAGCUUUUUCUUCUUACUUCUUUAG